AAUUUCCGUUUGCUGGGUGUUCGGUUUUCCGUAUCUGUGCAACCGACGCGUUCCUGCUUUUACAUGAGGCCGUCAUUGUUGCUUGGGAAUCAAGGACGUGAACACGUACUUCAAAUGAGCUGAACUUUGUGAUAUUUUAAGGAAUUGUGAUAGUGGUAGAAGAUGGCCGACCAACAGUUUUGUCUGCGCUGGAAUAACCACCAGUCCACUCUGAUCUCUGUGUUCGACACUCUGCUGGAGAAUGGGACAUUGGUGGACUGCACACUAGCUGCUGAGGGACAAUACCUCAAGGCGCACAAGGUGGUUCUAUCAGCCUGCAGCCCCUACUUGGAGACUUUAUUGAGCCAACACUACGAGAAGCACCCCAUUGUCAUCCUGAAGGAUGUGAAGUUUACUGAGCUCAAGUCCAUGAUGGACUACAUGUACAGGGGGGAGGUCAACAUCUCUCAAGACCAGCUAGGAACCUUCCUAAAAGCAGCAGAGUCGCUACAGAUAAAGGGGCUUUCGGACAAUGGAGACGGGGAUGCUAGAGACGUGGGGUCGACUGCUAAAGCACCGCCUCCUAGAAAAGUGACUCAACCUGCCCCGCCCAGCCGUCCAGAGCCUGAGGAACCACCGAGUCCUGCUCACAGGUCGAGAGAUGGCAGUAUCUCACCUUCGUCAAGGAAAAGAAGAAGAAUUAGAAGAAACUCUCAAGGAGAUGAUUCUAAUUUGGGUGAUAGUCAUUUAGAAACUAGCAAUUCCUGUGAUCUUCCGAGUCAAGCUCAAGCUGCCCCCCUCGUUCCUAACAUUCCCGCAACGGUUACUUCAUCAAUUACCACGACCCCCAUUAUCAAAACACCCAUCGUCAAGCCAGAGACUGAAUCAAACUUAAUUAAUAGGAUAGAUACUUCAAAUCUCAAUUCGUUACCGCCGGAAUCUGGACUGCUAAAGGAAAAGAUUGAACCCAUCAGUGAACCGCUCCUGGAACCCAAGACUGAAUACGAUGCCAACAAUGAUGACAGCGUUGAGGACCUGACACUGGACGACGAUGACGAUAUGGACGGAAUGGAUAUAUCUAACAUGUCAAAUAUGUCGAAUAUGUCAAGACCUGGACCUUCACAUGGCAACGAUAUUUCAAAUCAAGGGUUCGCACCAUGGCACUUAGGCAACCAAUCUGGUACAGACGAGGUAUUCAUGGCAGCACAGGAAGCGGUCAGCGCACACAGGGACUCACAAGAUCUGAGGAUACAGCUGUGGACGCCACCGCGGAAGGAGGUUCUACCACAAUUCAAAUGUCCGACGUGUCACCGCAUGUACUGCCGGAAGGAGAGCUUGCGCCGACAUGUCACAUUCGAGUGCGGGAAGGAGCCGCAGUUCCAGUGCACCAUCUGCGGGAAGAAGUGCAAACUGAAGAGUAACCUGCAGCAGCAUGUAAGACUGUGCCAUAAGAACCUGUUUGAGGCCUACAAGGCAUUUUAUAUACAUCAAAGUGGUGAUAGCAGUAGCAGUGUCAUAUAGGUGCCAUCAUGUUGAAAACACAAAUUUUCAAAUAAUAUCUAAUCAAUAGUGGUUGUAAUUUUAAAAACAUUAAGGGUAAACGCAAUGUAGUCAAGAAAGGCUUUGUUUCCAUAAUUUACUAAAUAAUAUGUUUAACAACUAAGAAGUCCUGACUAGUUGAAGUCUUCUCUGACAACUAACAAACCAUAAGAUCCAAAUUUGUUUGUAGUGUGAAACUUCUGAAAUCUAAAGCAAUUCAUCUUUUCAUCUAUAAAUUAGUUCACAAAAUCUUUUUGAAUUCUACGGGAACGAAAGACGUUAAAGUUUUAUUUAAAAAAUUUACCCACAAAAAUUGCUUCAAUGAAAAUUUUGAUUUAUAAAACCUAUUCUCAAAAUGUACUUUCCUGGAUUGUAUGUCACCAUUUAACAGAGUAAUCCAGCAUAAUUUAGGGUUUUGCCAAAUUUGAAGAAGAUGUGGUUUGUAGGAAAGCCACUUUCAACACAACACAUAUUUGACAUAAUAUGUGUAGGAAUAUGUUAUGAAACCCAUGUUCUAUAUGUGUGUAUGGAUAUGUUUGUGAAAACCACCAAAGAUGUGUUCUGGGGGUUUUGAUCUCUUGUUCACAUUUUAUACUCUUGGGUUAAAAAUGAGCCCAUAACAGCUCAUUUCUUAUAGCAAUUCUUUACUGUCAGUUAAGAGAUUAAAAUCGAUUUUAGCAAUUUUUGAAGUUGCAAUUAAUUCUUAAAACAUUUAAUAAGAAAAUUAUUUAAAUCAAUAAAAAACUAAGUCCUGGAAGCUCAAGCAAGUGUAUACGACUAACUGAAAGAAUUGCUAAUAAAUCAUUUACAGAAUUUGAACAAAUAAAAUAAACCUGUAGAAAAAUUUGGAAAAUGGUUUAAUGAAUUAUUACAGAAUACGUUUUUAUAGUAGUGACGAAUAAAAGUUAAUUAUAAUUUAGUAAGAGUGAUAUGAAUAUAAAUUUUAAUUUAGUUGUAAUGGAAGUUUGUGUUUUCAAUGAACUUAAGCUAUAGAUAAAGACAAAUGAUAAUCAUUUUGAAUUGUUAUUUAUUGUUUUCACAUUAUUUUUGGGAGUUUGUGGUGAGGCGUGGUAUUGUUGUAAAGUGAUAUUAAUAGGGUGCUUUCUGAAUUUCCUAGGAGUUUAAAGCCUGCCCCUAUUGGCGGGGAGUGUUGGAGGUGUUAGCUGUUCCGUUAUUGUAAAUAUGUUAAUUUGUUAAAACUAAUUAUGUAAAUAAAGUUGUUGUUAGGUUUUAGGGGCAUUCUCGAAGUAGCUUUUGGUUUGUAGAUACAUCCAAUCAAAAUAUUUGUUAACGUAGAUUUUUAUAGAUAAAAUAACUUAGUUGAUAUCUUUUUGAAGCAAGUCGUAUCACUACUAAUAUUUGAUAAUUAUUAUAUAUUAUUUUAUUGUUGUUUGAUUUCUAGUCUUUGUGUGAUAAAGAGUUUUAGUUAUUACAACAAUUAUUUGAACAACUGACAGAAAAAUCAAAAUUUGUUUGAGUGAUAAUAUUAAUUAUGCAUUAUUUGUUUGUCAAUAUUGUAUAAAAUACUAUGUUUACCAUUUUUGUUUCGUAUUAUUUUGCAGUUAAGAUUAUAUUCUGAAUUUAUGUAGCUUUAAUACUGUGAUCAAAAUACUCUAUUCAUACAGGCUUUGAGAUCCAAUUGUUCAUCUAGGUCCAUUUGUUUUAGCAUUUUGAAAUUGGAAAUCUUUUGGUUUAUGACCAAUAGUUUUAUCACCUUGUUGGAGUAUGUUUUCACAAUUUUAUUUUAACUUUUUGCUUAGCAUUAAAUGACUGUGAACUGUAAGAGUAGGGGGUUUAUGUAACUAGUGAAGGUUCCUGGUAAUGUAUUUUGUAUUUGUUUGGUUGGCAGACUUGUUUUAUAUUCCCUGCCAGCUAUGCGACUGAAACUAUCCGCAGGAGUAAACUUUGGUAUGAUCACAGUUUCAUGGCCUGCUAGUGGAAAUAAGUUCAGAUUGAACAAUUAUACAUUUUUUACUUUGUACAGAAUAGACUCGAUAAUGGUUCAUUUGUUUUAUUGUAUGUUAUGUUUUUAAAAUAUUAUAUUAAUUCAUAUAUAUUUAGAGCCAUUUUUGUGAUAUACUUAAAUUACAACACAUCUUCAAUGUUUUGGUUACAAUUUUAUUGAAAAGUGUAAGAAUAAUCAUUCUAUAUAUUCAUAUAAUUAUUCUACGGGCUAACUUUUAUUGAUUUGGAAUUAAUUUUUUAAUAAGAAAUAGUUUUUUAGUAUACUACUUAAUUUUUAAUUGUUAUUACUUAUUUUUUGGAAUCCUACAUGAGAUAUUUGACUGAACAUCGGCAAAGCGUAUUACUCGUGGGGCUGGAGACAAUCUAUUACACUACCUUGUUACACAAAUUAUUUAUCUUGAUAAUUGACGCACAACUACAGGAGCGUGAAAGCAUCCAUAGUAUAAGGAAACGAUGGUGUGUUUGUGUUUCUUCAGAUAUAAUUAUUGUUUAUACUUAUCAGGAUUAUUUUUAAAUUGAUUAUACAGCGUCACAAAUUUAUCAAUCCAUUAUUUUUGGAAUAAAAUAUAUUAUAUUUAAAAAUUUGUUAAAUACACAAAAUGAAAAAUAAGUCUUAGUUGUAACAAUAGGAGUGAGUAUAGUAAGAUGUUAAGCUAGUGUAGUUGACUUUUCAUUGAGUUAAUUUUUUAAACUUUAAGAGCCACAGCCAGUUAAGAUAACUUUUCUGAAUACAAAUUUUUCAUCUCCCCGGAGAUAUUAAGCACUUAAAGUAAGAAUUUUGGGAAAUUUUGUAUUCAGGUCCAAAUAAAAACUGAUAAAAAUAAAAAUGUAAAUAUUAACACUAGAAAUAUAAUUUCAACUUAAAAAUAAGAUUUUGUAUUAAAUUAAAUUUAAAAACAUUCUGUUUGAAAAUAAAAUAUUACUUAAGGAAAUUACAAUUUUACUAACAAAAACAUUUUCUCCAGUUACUUUAGAUAUCACUGUGAAACAUUCAUAUCCACAGCAGUUUUUCUAUGGUCCUAAUUAUAAAAUGAUUAUAAUACAAUGUUAAAUGCCUACAGUUAUUUGAUAAAUUAUUUUUUAAUUUUUUCCUAUCUUUAGGAAAGAUAUGUUUGAGGCUGUGACUAAAAUUUAUUUAAACUUUUAAAAAUAAAUCGUCCAAACACCGAUGCAUUAAAAUAUUAUUACCAAUUCAUAUUACUCAUAUUGAUAUUAAUGAUUUAAACUAAAUUUAAUAAGAAAGAAUUUUUGCAUACUUAUAUAAAUUUUCAACAAUAAACUACUUUUCAAAUGAUUUAUUGCAACAUUAUAUUGAUAUUUUAAAAUAAUAGUAAAAGUUACAAAACAUUAAAAUUAUCAGUUAAACUAUAAUUCAGUAUAUCUAUUUACUUUUUAUGGUCGUAUAGUAAUUUUGAAUUAAUACUAAUGUGUUAUAUUUUAUUACAUGAGACGUUUACGCCUCAAAUAAAAAAUAACUUAGGAGUUUUAUAAAAACUAGAAUUGUUUAAAGCUGCCAUGAGAGGCUAGAAGUCUUAAGGAGAGUGUAUGAGUCUAUAAUGUGGAUUAUUUCUCAAAAUCUUGAUAAUGCCUGUAUGGAUUCCACAAAAGAUUAUCAGGAAUGUGUACAAUAUUCCAGCCAUGUAUUCAAUUUGAGUGAUAUCGUUGUCAACGUAAUCCAUCAAUCAAAAUGUAAUAAAUUGUACAUAGCCUGUUGUAUGUAUAGUAAGUUUCAGACCGAGUCGCUUAGCCUUGUUGGUUUCUCUUGUAUAUAAACGAUUGUUGUUAACAUUUUAUAGUUUAUAACAAUAGUUUUUACUUUUUAUAGGAGAUUUACACCUCCCACCCUGUAAAGCUAACCAAUAAAAUAUUGAUAAAGGAA